AUGACUCCAGAACUUGCAGAGACUACUCUAAAUCGAUUCUCUGUGCGCCCUGGAGCAGCUCGGAGAAGUCCCUCUGUCCCAAGCGCUCGAGCUGCGGUACAGACCAGCGUGUUAGCACAGCCGUCAUUUCUAACGGGGGAGAAGAGCAGAGCUGAGCUGGCGCUCUGCUGCCUCUGCCGCGCCUACUUCGAGGGGCCGCUGUACCCCGAGAUGUCCAACGGGAGCCUGCACCACUACUUCGUCCCCGACGGGGACUACGAGGAGAACGACGACCCCGAGCGGUGCCAGCUGCUGUUCCGGGUGAGCGAGCGGCGGCGGUGCGGCGCGGCGGCGGGCGCGGGGCUCAGCCUGCGGGAGGAGCUGACGGUGCUGGGCCGGCAGGUGGAGGACGCGGGCCGGGUUCUGGAGGGCAUCGGCAGGAGCAUCUCCUACGACCUGGACGGCGAGGAGAGCUACGGCGCCUACCUGCGCCGCGAGUCCGCCCAGAUCAGCGACGCCUACUCCAGCUCGGACCGCUCGCUGAGCGAGCUGGAGGGCAAGUUCCGCCAGGGGCAGGAGCAGGGCGGCCGGGAGGAGUCCCGCCUGGGCGACAGCUUCCUGGGGCUGCUGCUGCACGCCCGCGCCCUGCUGCGGGAGACGCGCCACGUCUCCAGCGGGCUGCGCGACAAGUACGACCUGCUGGCGCUGACCGUGCGCAGCCACGGCGCCCGCCUCAGCCGCCUCAAGAACGACUAUCUGCGGGGCUGAGAGGAGCCCCAGCCCCGGCUGAACCCCAUCCAUCCUUCCAGAGACACCCGCAGCCUCAGCCGCCUCAAGAACGACUAUCUGCGGGGCUGAGAGGAGCCCCAGCCCCGGCUGAACCCCCAUCCAUCCUUCCAGAGACACCCGCAGCCUCAGCCGCCUCAAGAACGACUAUCUGCGGGGCUGAGAGGAGCCCCAGCCCCGGCUGAACCCCCAUCCAUCCUUCCAGAGACACCCGCAGCCUCAGCCGCCUCAAGAACGACUAUCUGCGGGGCUGAGAGGAGCCCCAGCCCCGGCUGAACCCCCAUCCAUCCUUCCAGAGACACCCGCAGCCUCAGCCGCCUCAAGAACGACUAUCUGCGGGGCUGAGAGGAGCCCCAGCCCCGGCUGAACCCCCAUCCAUCCUUCCAGAGACACCCGCAGCCUCAGCCGCCUCAAGAACGACUAUCUGCGGGGCUGAGAGGAGCCCCAGCCCCGGCUGAACCCCCAUCCAUCCUUCCAGAGACACCCGCAGCCUCAGCCGCCUCAAGAACGACUAUCUGCGGGGCUGAGAGGAGCCCCAGCCCCGGCUGAACCCCCAUCCAUCCUUCCAGAGACACCCGCAGCCUCAGCCGCCUCAAGAACGACUAUCUGCGGGGCUGAGAGGAGCCCCAGCCCCGGCUGAACCCCCAUCCAUCCUUCCAGAGACACCCGCAGCCUCAGCCGCCUCAAGAACGACUAUCUGCGGGGCUGAGAGGAGCCCCAGCCCCGGCUGAACCCCCAUCCAUCCUUCCAGAGACACCCGCAGCCUCAGCCGCCUCAAGAACGACUAUCUGCGGGGCUGAGAGGAGCCCCAGCCCCGGCUGAACCCCCAUCCAUCCUUCCAGAGACACCCGCAGCCUCAGCCGCCUCAAGAACGACUAUCUGCGGGGCUGAGAGGAGCCCCAGCCCCGGCUGAACCCCCAUCCAUCCUUCCAGAGACACCCGCAGCCUCAGCCGCCUCAAGAACGACUAUCUGCGGGGCUGAGAGGAGCCCCAGCCCCGGCUGAACCCCCAUCCAUCCUUCCAGAGACACCCGCAGCCUCAGCCGCCUCAAGAACGACUAUCUGCGGGGCUGAGAGGAGCCCCAGCCCCGGCUGAACCCCCAUCCAUCCUUCCAGAGACACCCGCAGCCUCAGCCGCCUCAAGAACGACUAUCUGCGGGGCUGAGAGGAGCCCCAGCCCCGGCUGAACCCCCAUCCAUCCUUCCAGAGACACCCGCAGCCUCAGCCGCCUCAAGAACGACUAUCUGCGGGGCUGAGAGGAGCCCCAGCCCCGGCUGAACCCCCAUCCAUCCUUCCAGAGACACCCGCAGCCUCAGCCGCCUCAAGAACGACUAUCUGCGGGGCUGAGAGGAGCCCCAGCCCCGGCUGAACCCCCAUCCAUCCUUCCAGAGACACCCGCAGCCUCAGCCGCCUCAAGAACGACUAUCUGCGGGGCUGAGAGGAGCCCCAGCCCCGGCUGAACCCC